GCGGGAGAGGCAUUUACUUUUAUAGGGCAACAGUAGCCAAUCAGUUUAAAGCGCGCGAUGCGGGCUGACUGGCUAACAUCAGUUGUUGCUAGGCAGACUAUCUUACAGAGCGGGUUGUUUAAGUCGCCAGCACAAUCAGGGGGCAGGAAGCAGGCGCCAACUUGACUCACUCGAUGGGAGGGGCAAUCUAGCUCAGGCUCCGCUCCCACCCACAGGCCCUACGUCCGCCAAGUAAGGCGACCAGUGUCGGCCGCGGCUCCCAACAAUGCACUAUUUGUAAGUAGUGGUUAAGAUAUGUAGUAGUGGUUAUAUGUAAAAGUAGUGCUUUUACCACCACAUGCAGUUUGAGUUUUUGGUCUAAAUUAUUCAAAUGCUGCCCUGGUGAGUCUGAGAACACACUGUUACUUUUUUUCAAGAAAUAAUACAUACUUUUGAAGAAAAGAAGUUUGUCCGAACACCACAUAAUGGAUUUCCCUCCAAACACCACAUAAUGGAUUUCCUUCCUACACUGAACACCUUGAAAUACUUCUUUAAACAAGUUGGUGUUCUGGUAUUACACAGAUUUUAUUAUUCUACAGAAGGGAUGAGGGCUCAUUUGCAAUGCCCCUCCUCCUUCGAUCUUUAUUUUUCUGACCAUGGUGACUCUUUGAAUAUCAUCUUACCUCUUUCACUCCUGUCUUUCUUGGUGAGGCCUAGUUUCUCCUUCCCUGUGUAUCUUUAUCACAUGGCUCAUUCCAACUGACACAUUUUGUUAGUGAUAUAAGACAGAUUAGAAGGAGUAUAAUCAUUGUGAGUGUUGUUUCUCAUUCUUCCAGGUCAACAAGCUUACUUUCAAAGAUAGCACUCCUUGAUUGCUCUGAUUGGGGUAUAAGUGAUCAAUAUCCAGCUUGUGGUUUUCUCUACAGUUGACUUGUUAAUUUAACUCACUGUGUACUGAUAACAUAUGCAGUGUACUGAUAGAAGAGUGACUGGCUUAUACUUUCAUUAUUUGAGCUAUUAUAAGUAAUGUAGCUUUUGCAUCAAAUGAAAAUAUAUUGGGAUGAUUAUUCUUUCACUGAUCAUUAAAUAUUUAAAAUUCAAAUUUGUGAACAUAAUUUUUCAAUAAAAUCUUCAUUUGAAGAUCUUAACCCUUGGCUGGUUAUGGUGGCACAUGCCUUUAUUCUGAGCACUUGGGAGACUGAGGCAGGAGGAUGGCUGUGAGUUUCCAGCCAGCCUUGGCUACACAGUGGGUUCAAAGCCAGUCUGAACUGGAGAGAGACUGUCUCAAAAAAAAAAAAAAAAAUGACUCUACUAUUGCUUUAUGUUCCCUGCAUACUACAAUGCCUCUUCCUUCCAGUUUUGUGGUAUGCUGAUAAAAUAAACCAAAAAAAGUAACAUUGUCAAAUCUGUUAAAAUAGUUAAGAUAGUUUUCACUUUUGCAACAAAUGGGGGGGUUAUGUAAUAUAUAAACAUCAAAAUAUGUAAAGUUGAUAAAUAUAUUACUGAUACAUAUAAAUACUCAAAAUUCUAAGGAGAUAUGGAAAUAAACCUUUUAGAAAAAAGAAAUACUCUAUUUUUAUAAAAAGCUAAACAUAGCAAUGAUUAUAGUGUGUAUCCAUGUUACUUUUUACAUAUUUAACAAUCUGUCCUAUGUAAUUUAAAGAAACCUCAAGAGAAUGCAUCUAAUAGACAAAGCAAGUAAUUAAACAGAGGGGGGAUAAAAAGGGAACCAACAACAGAAAGAUAACACGACAAGGAAAUGUCAGUAUGCAUCAGUUAUAAUUAUUAAUGUAAAUGGUCUCAAUUCAUCAAUCAAAAGAAGCAGAGUGGUAGAAUGGACAAAGAAGCAAGAUCCAACAAUUUGCUGCAUGCAAGAAAUACAUUUAAUUAAAAAACAAAUUCAUAUACUGAAAGUCAAAGGAUCGAAAACAAAAACAAUACUCCAUGCAACAGGAACCUAGAAAAAAAGCAGAGCAGGUAUUCUGUUUGCAGACAAAGUAGAUUUCAGGUUAAGAGAGACAAAGAAGUUCACUACAUCCUACUAAAGGGAACAAUCCAAGAGAAAGAGAUAACAGUCAUAAAUCUAUAUGUACCAAACACUAGCACACCCAACUAUAUAAAAUAAAUAUUGAUGGAGGUAAAGAAAAAAAAAUAGCACUCAUACAGUUUUAAUGGGAGACCUCAAGACCCCAGUGUAACAAAUAUGCAACAAAUGGGGGGGGGGGGUAUGUAACUAGACCAAAACUAGUCCAAAAUGGAAAGAAAUGUUAAAAUUGAACCAUGAACUUAGUAGAUGUUCACACAGUUUCCCUUCCGCAACAUCAGAAUGCACAUUCUCAUCUGAAAAUAAGAUAUUCUCAAAAUAGAUCACAAAUAAGCUGAUAGAAUGUCCUUAACUAAAUACAAAGGAAAUUGAAAUUAGCCUAUGCAUAUUAUGAGACUAUCAUGCAAAGAAAUUGGAAAUUAAUGGCAAAAGAUACCACAAAAACUUCAUAAACAUAUGAAAAUUAAAUGAUACCCUCCUUAAUAGCUAGUGGGUCACACAUGAAACUAAAGAAGAAAUUAAACAUUGUCUACAAUUAAAUGAUAAUGCCAGUACAACAUAUUACAGCUAUGGGAUACAAUGAAAAUAGUCCUAUGAGACAUAUUUAUAGUAGUGAAUUCUCAUAUCAGAAAAAUAGCAAGGUCAAAUUAACAGCCUAAUGCUGAAUCUUGAGUUUCUAGGAAAGAAGAACAAUUCAAGGCCAAAGUUUGUAUGAGGGAGGAAAUUAUAAAGAUUGAAGCAGAAAUAAAUGUACUUAAGACUAAGUAAACAAUACAAAGAAUGAAUGAAGAGUUGAUGCUUUAAAAAACUAAAUAAAAUUUUAAAUUUCUUACCCAACCUUAUCAAAAAAGGAAAGAAUCAAACCUGUGCAACUAGGGAUGAAAGAGUGAAAUUGCAACAGAUCUGCUGAAAUCCAGAUGUCCCUCAAGGCAUGCUUCUGGAAGUUACAUUCUAAUAAGAAACUAUUCCACAGAAGAAACAGACUCCUACAUGCACAUGAAUUACUAAAGCUGAAUUAAGAAAUAAAAAUGCAAAAUGAAGCACUAUCAGUUAAUGAAAUUGAAGAUGUAAUUUAAAAACUACCAACAAAGAAAAGCUCUAGUCUUGAUGGACGCAUUGCUGAAUUAUACAAGAAAUUUAGAGAAGACCUAGUGCUACUACACCUCCAAUUGUUUAAUGAAAUUGAAAGGGAAGUAAUACUCCCAAAUUCAUUGAUGGAAGCAAACAUUACCUUGAUACCAAAACAAGAGAAGGAUUCAACCAAAAAAGGAAACUACAAGUCAGUGUCCCUAAUGAAUAGAGAUGCAAAAAUCCUCAGUAGUAUACUGGCAAAUAGCAUGCAGCAGAUCAAGGUUAUAGGCUAGUACCAAGUAGGAUUCAUCUCAGGGAUGUAGUGAUAGUUCAACAUACACAAACUAAUAAAUGUAAUAUAGAGCCAAGGACAAAAGCCAUGUGAUCAUUUCAAUAGAUGAAGAAUAACUGUUUGACAAAGUCCAAACAGGACUUUGAAAAACCUACAGAAAACUGUAAUAGAUGGUAAUUAUCUCAAUCUGAUAAAAAGCUAUCUAUGAUAAGCCAACAGGCAGCAUCAUGCUAAAUGGUCAUAAACUGAAAGCUUUCUCUCUAAAUUCAGAAACAAGUCAAUGAUAUCCACUAUCACCAUUUUUAUUCAAUAUAACCUUGUAAGUGUACGGCAGUAAGUUCGAUCCCCAGUACCAAAAAAAAAAAAAAAAAAAGGAGUUGAAUUAUUAUUUGCACAUGGCAUGAUACUCUAUAUGGAAAACCCCAAAAACUCCAUGAGAAGACGUCUAGAUUUAAUAAACAAAUUCAUUAAUGUAACAAUAGAAAGUUAACACUCAGAAAUCGAUAAUAUUCCUGCAUACAAAUAACAAACUCACUGAGAGAGAAAUUAGGGAAAUCACACCCUUCACACUAACAUCCAAAAAAAUGCAAUAUCUAGGAAUCAAUGUAAUGAAGAUAGUAAAUAACUCUACACUAAAAAUUGCAGUGCUCUGAAAAAGGAGAUGGAAAAAGAUCUAAGAUAUUCCUUGUUCUUUGGAAGGUAAAAACAAAAUAGUGAAAAUGGCCAUGCUUCCAAAAUUGUUACACAGAUUUAAUGCAAGCCCUAUAUGAUCUAAAGGACCAUAAUUUCAUGUUUGCUAUUUUGAAUAUUCAUUAUACUGUAAACAGUAUUAUGUGUAUUGUUUAUCUACUGAGUUGAAAACUCCUAUUUCAACAAACUUUAGUGGAUACUUAGCUUGCAUAUGAAGCACUUGAGUGAUGGUACUUUAUUGCUCCGAAAAGAUAUCUUCCUGUAUUAUACUGCUGUUUUACAAACAAAUGAUAAAAUGUUCAUCCUUAUUGUUUAAAAAUACUUGAAAUGCUAUAAAACUUUACUAUGAGUUUAAUAUACUUUUAGAACUUUGUAACAGAUAUGAAAAUGAUAGUUUUAUUAUAUACUACAUAUCAUGCUUCUAAGAACUGAGAAUUACAAUACAAAAUUAUCAUAUUUUAAUUUAAUUUCCAAUUCUAAGGGGUUAUAAUUAAAAAUCAAAUUGCACUGAUACCUUGGUACAUGAAUUUAAUUCUUCCCAUGACUCUGGACAUAACCCAAAUUGGAUGACAACCAAAUCAAAUUUCCCCAUCAUAUCAGCACUGCAUCUACUCAUUGAACUUGAUUCAGUUAUUGACCUGUUCAGUUUGUGACCAGAAUCUUGGAAAGAAUUAAGUUCAUGAACAGAGUUACUACUGCAGCUGAAUUUUUAAAAAGUUAGCCUUUUGAAAUAAAAGGCUUUCCUGUGAUAUGUGACAAAUUUUGGGCUUCUGCAUCAAAGAAAUUGAAAAGAAAAAGAUAUUAGAAAGGCAACACAGAGAAAAUGAAAGGACUAUUGAUCCUGCCAAGGUUGAGAACUAAACAUUCUGGGAAAAGCAGUUAGAAAUGUUGGAUAAAGUGCAAUAAACUUCCUCCUAUGUAUAUUGCUGACCUUGUUAGAGAGGGUUCCUGAGGACGUUUAUAAAGAGAAAGCUAAAAACCAUUGCAGUAAGCUGGCAGUGACACUGCAUUUGCCUCUAGCCAUUUGGUGGGCUCUGUUACGCAGAGGUUUGAGCAUUAAAACCUGCUGACUAGUGGACAUAGGACCUGGGCUGUGCAAGAGAGGAUUUAAAAUUGAAAACUUUGAAACAUGCCCUGCGCAUCUGGUGACCACCAUUAGGGAUGCUUGUUUCCCUCAGGUAACCAGCAUGGGUCGAAGGAUGCAACCAGCCAUAUCCCUGUGCACCUGCCAGUGCUUAAAACAGGUUCAAAGAGAUAUCUAGGACAUUAAAAACUGAGCUGAAAACUGCCAAAACUUCAUGAAUGAAACUGAAGAUAGACUUUCAGACCUUUACAGAAUGACAUUUAUAGUGAUAGGAAAAAUUUCUUUAAACACUAACAAGGAACCAGAAAAUAACAAUUCAAUGGCUGCAAGACAAUUCAAAACAAAAAAUAAUUUAAGAGUGAAAAGUAUCAGUGAAAAAGCAGGAGUUAACACAACAUAAAAAGUCUAUUUACAGAAGUAAUAGCAGAAAACUUUCCAAGCAUGGGAAAAGGACCUGACAUAAGGUAAGUAAGGCCUGUAGAACUCCAGCUAGCCAUAACCAAAAUAAAUCUACACCCAGACAUAAAUAAUCAGGAUGUCAGAAAUGCAGCACAAGAACAGAAUGUUAAAAAUUGCUAACGAUAAGAAACAGGUCUCCUAUAAAAGAAACGCAUCAGAAUCACAGCAGACUUCUCAGCAUAAACCAUCAAAGUCAAGAAGAGGUUGGAGUGAAAUAUUUCAAGUCCUGGAAGAAAAUAACUUCAACCCAGAUUGAUGUACCCUGCAAAGCUAUGUUUCAAAAUUAAUGAAGAAAUCCGUGACAAAGGACAACUGAAGAAAUUUAUGACCACCAAUCCAACCCCAACAAAGCCUGAUAUAGUAUAUUCUAGAGAAAGAUAAAGAUGUCUACACUUCCAGGAAUAGCAACAGCAGUGGACUGCUGAGCAGGGCAAGCAGUUGAAAGGAGGGGAAAGUUAGGGGCAAACAGUAGGAUGGCAUGGCGAAGAUGGGCCAGUACAUGCUGGGCAGAACUAUUAAUGUAGGUGGCCUCAAUUCACAAAUAAAAAGAGACAUAGGCAGAGUAGAUCAAAAACAUCCAUCAAUACUGUAUAUAAGAAACACAUAUAACUAGAAAGAUAAUUCAUAGACUGAAAGUCAAAGGAGAAAACAAUGGUUCAUGUAGCAGAAAACCAGAAAAAAGCAGGGGUAUGUUGCCCGUCAACCGCAAAAUGGAAAAGAAAAAUACGUUAUUUUUAUACAGUGGGAAGCUACACAGCCAUAAAUAAGGUUAUUCUCGAGCCUCUUGUAAGUAAAUGGGUGCAACUUGAGAUCAUGCGUGCUGGUGAUAUGGUUCAUAUUCAUAUGGGUGAACAUCGUGUUGCCUCCCUAAUAUAAAAAACAGAAGGAAUUAGUGGGUUCCAAAAUGUACAAUAGAUACUGUGAAAGUGAAAGUUGAGGAAUCCUGUAAAAAAGGAAGGUGGUAGCUAUUGUUAGUUUCCUAUUACCUUGUUUUGAGAUACUGUAUCAUUUUCAUUGUUUUCUUUGGUUUUGUUCUGUCUUGUUUUGCUUAUUAUAUUUAAGGUAUGGUAGCUAUGCUGAAGAUAAGAUACAUUAUGGUAGCCAUUGUUUAUUUCCUAUUAUGUUGUUUUGAAGUCCUGUAACGUUUUCAUUAUUUUGUUUUGGUUGGUUUUAUUCUUUUUUGUUUUGAUUUUACUAUGAUUGAUGGCGUGGGAAGCUAUUCUGAAGAUGACAAUGGCAUUGUGGCAGCAACUGUUGAUUUCCUAUUGUCUUGUUUUGAAGUCCUGUAUCCACUUUCCUUCUUUUGUUUUGAUUGGCUUUAUACUAUUUUAUCUUACUUGGUUUUAUUCUCUUUAAAAUAAAAAUUAAAUUAAAUUAAAAAUUCCUUAUAAAGCACAGAAAUGUUAAAGGGUUAUACCUUCAGUAAAAGGGUAGAAAGAGAUCCAGAUCCCAUUAGCCGUCUCCCUUCCAGAGAAAGAAGGAAAGGAGUGGGAACAGGGCCAGGGUUUGGGCGAGGCAUAAAAACACCAUGUAGGCAGGGCAAGACCAGGAAAGACAGAAAGAGUGAAGGACUUACCAACAGAAGGAGACGAGAGGGAAAAUUGCCUUGGCAAAAGCAAACAGCUCUUCUUUAGGUAUGUGCCUCCAGUUUAGGUCUUAUUUCUUCCCCUGGAUAAAAUAUCCUAAAACAUAUGUUUGUAGCCCGAAGUUACAGAAAGAAGAAAUAUGUAACUAUAGUUAGAUUCAGUAGAAUGGAUAAGCAAUUCAAUUAAUUCCCAGUUUUAGAAAUAGAAUUACUAAUUGCAAAGUAUAAAAUGGUUUGUUUCAGAUACUUAAAAAUAAAAUUUGGAUGAAAAUGUGAGAUAGGAAUAAGAUGCUAUAAAAAUGUCUGGAAAGACUUGAAAAAAGCCAAAUAGAGUUCUAGGAAUAAAGAUUUUAAUUUUUGCAUUUAAAAUUUAGCUUAUGGGUUAAAUAGCAGACUAGACACACUCGAGAUUACUAGGAAGCUAUUACAUAAAUGUGCAUAUAAAUGAAAAUAUAAAGUUUAGCUGGGCAUGUUGGCAUACUUCUGUAGUCCUAGCACUUGAGAGGCUGAGGCAGGAAGAUAACUGAGAUUUUGAGACCAGGUUGGGCUACAUAGUGAGUUCAAAGCCAAUGUCAUACAUUUUGAAACGGUUUCAUACAUGACACAGAAUCUAUAAUAUUAUUUUAUAAUAAUCACCCAGAGCUAAAUAAAAGGAAGUGCAGGAAAUGUGCGUGCAAUCUUGAAGACCUAGAAAUAGGUGUAUAUAUAGCUGAAGUAACGUAUUUUCUAUGGGUUAAGAAUUCAAGCAGGAUUGGACCAUGUCCUUUCUGUCAUGUGUAGGAUCUCUGAUUGGAAGGCUCAAAUUACAUAUAUAUAAAUUUUUUUCUAGGUCUUCAAGAUAUAUGAGACAGUAUAUGUCUGUGUGUCUGUGCUUUAGUGAUCCAUACAUAGGUUUUAUUUAUGUAAUGACAGUUUUGAGUGAUAAAUAUUAGUCACUAUAUUAGGGAAGGAAAAGAAAUACAAUCAAACAAGCAGGUCUGUAUUUCUCAGAGGACUGAUACUUAAUCCUUGGUGCUUGUGGUUUCUACAUCCAUGGAGUCAACGAACUUUGGUGUGAUUAUAAAUCAGAAUAAAUUACAUUUUGUACAUAUUUUUUCUUGUCAUUUUUCCCUAAACAGUAAGUGGAACAACUGUUUACAUAGCACUUACAUUACAUUAGAUAUUACAAGUAAUCUGGAAAUGAUUUUAGGGAUAAUGUACAUCAAUUAUAUGCAAAUAUUAUACUUUUUAUGUUAAGGACUUGAGCAUACACAGAGUUUGAUAUCUGUGGGGAGUCCUAGAACUAAUCACCCUUGGGUACCAAGGUAGUAAAAAGAAAAAAGGAAUAAAAUCAAGCAGGACUUCUCCAUACUCCUUGGAGGAAAUAAUAUUUAGUCUGAAAGGAUUAGAAGGAUAGAGAUUAAGUGAAUUUCUGUGAACAUUUGGUUUAAGUGAGUAAUUUAAUGCACAAGAAGAUAAAGUCAGUUGUGAAAUCAGUACUACCUGGCUGGAAGAUUUUUGAACCUUGGUAGUUGGGAAUAUAUAGAAUGGACCAUGGAAGGCUGUGACUUAAAAAUAUGGAACCUCAUGUAUGUAUUUGUUGUUUUUGUGUGGUACAGUGGACCAAACUGUAGCCCCAGACAUAGUAGCCUCCUAUCUACAUUCCCAGCUCUAUAUGGAACCUAUCACUGAAGUUUAUAAAGUUGAAUUGUUAUGAAUGGAAUAUGUUACUUGAUAAUAAUUUGAGCUUGUGUAUCAUUAGUACCACAGAAAACUUUUUAUGUGCUUAAAAUCUCCUUAUCAUCUGAGUAUCUUUAGCAACAAGUGAGUUUGCUACAUUUUGGUGAAGAAGAUUCUUUUUCCUCUAAUAGUUGGAAAUCACUGGGAUUUGUUAACAGUGACUGAAAAUUUUGCAAGUGAUUAUGAGUGGACUGAGUGGGGGAGGUGUGUGAGGUGAAGAGAGUGACUAGUUUAAGACAGGUGCGAAGGGUCUGGGAUUUAGUUCAGUGGCAUGAGAGCCUGUCUGGCAAGCAUGAGGUUGUGAGUUCAACCCUCUGUACCAAAAAAAAAGAGAAAUGAGGUUUAUAUUUGGAACAAUACAGAGGAGAUUAGCAUGGCCCCUGCACAAAGAUGACCUGCAAAUUUGUGAAGCGUUCCAUAUUAAAAAAAAAAAAAAAAAAAAAGGUGAGAAGUGAAAGAGUUACUAAUUUUAAAAUUGCCCAGAUUUGUAGAUGUGAGGCCAUUACUGACCUCUGUAUUCUCUGCUUAGAAAUUUGAUUAAAUGCAAAAGAAUGAGUUGUGGAGCUGGCUGCUGAUUUGGAUAUUUAACUAGGUUUUAGAAUCCAUUGGUAAAGCUUUCACCCUAACUUGUAUCGGAUUUUUUCUUUUCAAAAAAUUGAGACGCAUUCAAACUAUUGCAUAGUUAGAAGCUAUUAAAAAUGCAGGAGAAACACAAGAGUGUCAGGGAACAUUGUAAAGCUGAGUGAAAGAAGACAGCAGAAUCUCAGUGAUAGCUGGCCCACCAAUACUCAUCUUCUGUAUUAAUCUAUCUAAUUUUCAUACUCACUUCUCCCUUCGUUUUCCUUUUCAAGGUUGUGCAUGCAUCGUAAUUUAUUAUCUUUUAGACCAUAAGACUUCGUGGGACAGUAAGUUUAUAAGAAAAUAUACUGCCUACAUUCAAACUUCAUCAGUUAAGAAUUCAUAAGAGCUUGGCCCAUUUAUGAUACAAGAGAUAGGAUGGUUAGAAUAAAUAAAAUAGCAUAUGAAAAUGCCAAGUGUAAUAGUUACACAUGCAUUUUUAUUUUUAAUUUCAUGGAAGAAUUUUUUGAUCACAUAUUUUUAGAAAAUCACAAAUAUUGAAUUUUUCAAAUUUCAGUAGCUAAUAUAAAAUUUUUAAUUUGUUCAAUAAUAUGAUCAGUUAUGUAAAUUUCUCAGUACUUAAUCAUGCUUCUAUUUGUAUAAUUAGCCAUGCUCAAUUUCUUAUUAUCCUGGGUUUAAUUUAUGAGAAGUUCAUUUGAGAUUUUAAAAUUCUAAUUGCUGCAGGUAUAAAUCAUGAUGCAAACACUCAAUUGUAAAAGAAAUAUUAACUUAUUAUCACAUCAAGUCUAUUUUCAACCACAUAGGCUUCUAGAUUUGCAGGCAAUUCAAUGCACGUUAUGUCUGAGUCGCACUCCCACUUCGAAGAUAGUGUAAAGCUUUUAGAGCCUGACAAAGCAGCAAAUCACCAGCUGAACUCUGUGGUUCCCUCCCCGCUAUCCCCAAGCAUCUGUUGUGUAGCCCACCUCAGCAUGCUGCCAGUUUCCUCAGCUUAGCCACUGCUUAAACUAGAGCGGUCACUUUUCCCUUCCUUUUAGUUUUCUUUUCUUAGUUGAAGUUUUCUUUAAAUAUGCAGUGCAUACAUCAUAACAUUUCCAGUCUUUCUCAACCCCAUGAUUAUUAUUUUUUUUUCUGUAUUAACUAUGCCAUUUCAACUUUAGAUUUCUAUGAUUAAGAAGAUGAUGGUCUUAAGCUUCUCGCCAUGCUUUGGCUUGGCUGCCAUUUGAGGCCUACUCUUGGCCCAGUUAGCUACAUUUUAGUGAAGCAGAAUCCUGUUACAGAACACUGUCUUUCAGCUGAAAAUCAACACAGACCAUGUGGAACAGUGUGCUCACUUAUUGUCGUGGUGACUUGAUCUAAUGUACCUUGAUAGCAAAGUAUGUAUGAUUUUCAUGUCUUUAGCUAAUGCCAAUAGAGUCUUUAUGAUAGUCUUAAUAAUUUUAGUAAAUUAAUAGGUAAAAAUUUUACACACUUUUUGAUGCUACUAAGUUUAAAGAUUGUCUUUCUUUAAAUUCUUAUUUUUCAUGUAUUUUUGUUCUCAAUUUUCAUAUUUAUCUCUGCCCCUCUCUGUUAACUCUUAGCACUAUUGUUCACUAUACCCCUAUGUCUUGAUUAUUAAUACAAAUAUUAAACUUUCUGAAAAAUAAACGAUUCAAUCUGGCUUUAAAAAUAAUUAAAGCAGCUGACAAAUAGAGCAUUUUACCUUGUCUGUUGAUCAUUUGCUCUGAAAGGUGUGUUAAUGAAAUAAUUCUGUUGGCUUAAAGUACUUGACAGAAAUACUUACAUGGAAUCUUUACUAGUGUAUAAAUCUAGAAAAUUGUGUAUAUAUAGGAAUAUAUAAAAUUUAUUUUUAAAAAUAGAUUUAGAGAAUAUAUAUAUAUAUAUAUAUAUAUAUAUAUGUCUUGAAUCUCUCUUAAAAAUCUAGUCUAGAGUAGAGCUAUUUAGCAUCAGUUUAUAUGACAUUGAACUCAGGGUUAAAAUUAUGAUUGAGAUGCCCUAUAAUGCAAAUAGAAAUGUCCUAAGGUCAUUAUGUAAUUUUAUAAGGAGUUUCACCAGAGCCAGGAAGGAAAAGCAGUAAGUUUUAUAACAUGAUUAACGCUGAGACAGCUGGCCUUUAUGCGAAGUGGGUUGAAAAUGGAACUCUCAAAAAAAAAAAAAAAAAAGAAAAUGGAACUCUCAGUGUAGGCCCAUGAUGUACAGAAAAGGCAUUCCGUUAUGUGCACAGCUACCUGCAUUUUUUACUUGAUCAAUAUGUAUUUUCAAUUAAGUAGGGUGAAGAUCUACCAAAUGCAAAUAUGCAGUAAAACGUGGCAAGAGUAAAACAAUACCUUGCAGUUUUUUUUUUUUUUAAGCUCCCAAUGGAUUAGUGAUUUUAGUUUACAUUAGAAGCGACAGUCUAGUGAUGAUUAUUGCUCCUUUGGGACUGAUAACAGAAAUUGUGCCUUAUCGUAUUAGUUAUUAGUAUUCUAUUUUGUACGUGGUAUAAGAAGCAGUGAACAUGGCCUGAAUGUAUUUUUCAAACAAGUAAAUUAUCUUUCAGUAUUCAUAAAAAAUGUGGUUUGUCUACCUUAACAAAAUAAAAUCUUCAUAUGUAGUUUAGCUUGUAUAUUCUUUUAAAUAUUUCAGAAGACACAGCUCCUGGUCUAGGCCCAGUUUUCUUUGUAAAGGGAUGCCUCAUUGGUUCCUGUGUAAUAGUCUUGACAUGUGUAUUACUCAUUCCCUAUGGGAAAAGCCAAAAUAUUCCACUUCCUUUGGAAUGAACCAGUGGUAUCUCAUGUAUCAGCUAAGUAUUCACAUUCUGUGUGCACAUUGAGAUUCUGUUUAUAUCUCUUUUCCUUAGAUAUGUUUUGUCAUAUUACUGUUCAUUAUAGUUUCUUCUUUAUUUGUGAACUAGUCCUUCUCAUUUCAUAGAACUCCCUCAAAAUUAUUGCUAUGGGUCACGUGGUUUAGAAAUGCAACAGUCUUGAAAUUACCAACACAUUCAGCAAUUUCUUGAUGAAUGUCCCAGUCAGGGAGAGUUUUCAAAACUAUCCUGAAGAACUCUUUGAGCAUUUCAAGCUUUCUCCUUCAGUAUUUUUAAGAGUUCCUCCUAAACUCUCCACUGUAACAAAUACAAAGUACAGAAAGGUAACAGUCUUCUGCUAAAUCUAAUGCACCAUUUUAGCAAUGAAAUCUGUGAAAGAAUUGUUAAAAAAAUUAUUCAUGACCCUUCUUAAAGACAGUCAAAAAGCUUUGUUUAAGUGGGGCUAUGAUAAUAAAGUUGUAUAGUUGGAAAGAAGAUUAGACUCAAUACCAGAGGCAACAAAGGCUAGUGGAGAUUUGUAACCAAAGAUUCAGGUCGGGAGAUCAGUGGAUGAAAAAUGAUUCCAAGGAAAAAUCAAGAAUAAAAACAUUCUGGAUAAAUUAAAGUAAUAGGCUUUUUUCUUAUCUAUUGGGAAUUAAACUCAUGACCUUGCACCUGCCAGGAAGGCAGCACUAUGCCACUGUGAUAUAUUCUCAGCCCCUAUUUUAACAGGAGUAUUGCUAAUGGUAUGCUAAGGUGAUGAAAUAUGCAGGCUGGGGGGUAAAAAACUUAGUCAGAUAUCAAGGGACAGGAAUGAGGAAUGUGAUUAGAUAUCAGUGAUAAGGGCCUUUUCCUAAAUUGAUUCACCAUUGUUUAUGCUAAAACUGGACAAAAGGAGCCAACCACAGUGCCCAAGAUCAUGGGCCUAGGCAAAAAAAGGAGUAUAGAGAUCUUCCCUCAAGUUUGGUCAAAGGAAAAAAUCUUCAUCAGAAUAAAAAUACUUACUUAGAAGAAUAAUGAAGUUAGGGUCUAAUCAGAGAUCAUUUAACCACCUACCCAGUACAAGUACCAGUGGGUAGAAAGCAUAUGCAGCAUGGCAGUGCUGGAUGAAGAAAUGAUUCACAUCUGAAGUAGAACAUCGUAUAGUAUGACAGCCCAAGAUUUCCUUUAUACUAUUCAGUAUGACAUACAAUUUAAAACAUAAGACUUGUUGAUUUCUGGAAUGUUUCAAUUAGUAAUUUUAGACUACAGUUGACCCCUGAUAAUAAACUGCAUUAACUGAAACCUCAGAUAAAUGAGGGAACUACCAUAUUUGUUACUCCGUAAUCCCUCUAUAAUGGUUAAUUUAUGUGUGUAUAUAUUCAAACUAUAUGUGAGUUGCCUCAAGUAAAGAUUGUCUUUAUGAAGUUGUAUAGAUUUAAAGACCAUCUCUGGUACAUUCACUAACUAAUGUUUUGGUUCAAUGAAUAAAAUUAUUUGCCCUUGAAAUCAGAAGUUUACUAAAGCAAUUUAUUUCACAUUGCAUGGUUGUGAAAUAUAUUGUGACUCCUUAUUAUUAGGAAAACUGAGGUAUUGGAGAGUUGGAUAGCUUGUUGAGAUCUUACAAAUUGUUCUUUAAAUUUAGUUUGACACUGUAUUCGUUUGAUUCAAUCCUGUAUACUUUUCAGUAAACUAACAUUUACUAAAUUAUUUUCUGUAGGAACUGUUGCCUCCAAGAAAUGUAACUGGACUCAUGGCCAGCACUUUUCUCAAAUAUAAGAUGAUGAAAUGCAUAGUGCCCAAGAAAUUGAUGAAGCACAUAGUAUUUUCUAGUUUAUAUGUUAACAGAACCUCUCUUUAAGAGUACUUGUCACUGAGAGCCCCCUUCUUAUAAAACAUACAAUUUGGAACAGCAGGUAAAGGAGAAACACAGCAGAAAAAAUAAGAAAGCUUUCUAAAUAUUGUGGACAUAAAGAAUAUAUACUAAAAGAACUGUCUCACUUAAUUUUCUUAGCUUGCUGAUAGCAACAUUUUUCAAAUUUGAAUCAGAUAUGAGCCACAGAAAUUUCCAGCCCCUCUUGUUUCCUCCUUAUAAAGAAAGAAAAGCUUGCCUGUGUCCAGGUUGCAGAAGGCCUUCAGAUCAGAUAGUUUAAAGCAUUACCUAUUUAGCCUAAAUUUGAUAUUCGUGAUGUAAAAUGGAUAUAACAUAAAGAGAAUUCAGAAGUAUCCAGCAGAAAAAUGAAAUUUCAAAAGUAGAUCAUUUAAGCAGUGCCACCAAAAAAAAAAAAAAAAAAAAAAAAAGAAGAAGAAGAAGAAGAAGAAGAAAAGAAAAGGUGCCACAGUCCAUUGGAGAACUGCAAAUUAAAACAAAACUGAGAUUCCACCUUACCCCAGAAAAAAUGGCCAUCAUCAAUAAAUCAAAUACUGCAGAGACUUGGGGGGUAAAGGUUUGAUAAAGAGGACUGAUCUGUGACAAACUCUAGUCUGAAGUAAAUCAGCUAAGAAUAAUGCAGUAAAGACAGCCAUAAAAAAGAGUCAAAGACACUAAUAAAUGAAAUUUAGCAGCCAAAGGAGAGCGUAUCAUCAAUACUUGCCAGAUGUUGCCUGGGAUGUGGUAAGUGCACCUUAAUGUGUUGAGUCAAAGUAUUGUUGGAUACAUACUGCUCUUCAUUGAUUUUUGUUAAACCGUAAUAUACAAUUGGUCCUAUUCAGAAGCCUUUAAUGUAUUCCCAUUACCAACUCCUUGACUAGAAAUUUUAUAUUUUAAUAUGGUCUUGAGCCACAGUAUAGUACGUCUUCAUAGGUUUCAGUCAGCCCUGAAAUUAUGCGUUUCUGUUUUCUCUUUUUCUAUGAGUAUAAAUUUCUGUCUUUUGAAACAUCAGCUAUCUCUUGAGGACCAAAACUCCCUCCAAGAGUAUUUUCCUCUUCUUUUUGUCUCAUCUAACCCAUUAAAUGCUGGUUUUAGCUCUACUGUUAUGCAUUUCACCUCCAUUUAGAUUUUAGUUUUUUAUUUUAAUUCUCAUGCUAUUUUACACAGCAUAGGAACAAGUGUAUGACACAAUAGUGGAAAUAUUAUGGGACUGGGGGACAGACCUAUUUUUAAUACAGUUCUUCUGCUUACUAGCCUGUCCCUUUGCUAAGUAACUUAAAUUCUUUUUUUUUUUUUUUUGUCUUUUUCUUUUUUAUCGGUACUAGGGAUCAAACUCACGACCACACACUUGCAAGGCAGGUGCUUAUGCCGCUGAGCUAAAUCCCCAGCCCCGUAACUUAAAUUCUUGUAGACAUCAUUUCAUCAUUUCUUCACCUAGAAAUUAAUAUAAAAAGUUUUCUGGAAAUUUAAUGAUAUUGUCAUACUAAUUUUAUUCAUUUGUUAUAUUUACUCCAUCAGCUUAAUGCUAAAGUUUUUCACUGUCAAUAACAAAGUCUGUACAAGUAAAACAAAGAUUUUUAUGGCAUCCAUGCUUUGUAUCUCUUAUAGUAUUUGCCACCAUCCUGUACACAUAUUUUUCUUUUUUACAUUAAAGGUUUAUGCUUAAAACUUUAUGCCACUCAUUAAUUAGAGUUGGAUUUAUCUGCUUCUUUUUAUGUUCGUUAUUAAAGUUCUUCUAAAUCUCUUGAUAGGUUAUUCACUUGAUAGCAGUGCAUGAACAUCUGAGUCUUUCUUUGCCCUCAAUGGCACUUUUAUUGUGGAUCAAGAGAGUAUCAUUGAGUGAGAAGAAGAUUCAGUCAAAGUCAAUAUUUAUAACUUUUUCACUAGACCUUAAAACAUUAUGUGAAAAAUUUAUGGCAGUGCGUCAGGUAGAGAAAAGAAAAGUUAUAUGAGGAACUAAACGUCUGGUUAAUGGUUUCAUGAACCUUAGACAGCAAGAAGCAUAGUUCUUUCCUGAAAGUAACUGCUGGGAAGUUUUCUUGAAAGGCUUAUUUCUGUGACAGAGGUACUAGGAAAAUUUUUAUUGAGACUUCCCAUGUCACAGAGUGUUUACUGCAGACAGCUUUUUGUACCAGAGCUCUAGACAACAUUGAGAGUUACAGACUGUCUCAAACUUUUUUGAACAUAUUGAAUCAAUUAUUACAUUUAAGUUGGAUUUUCUGUCUGUCAUUUGGAAACUGGUUGUAUUUGUUUGGAAUUUAUCCUUUCUUUUAGAAAGAUGGUUUUUUAUUAGUGAAUAAUAAUGGUUAAUAUGUUGUAUAUUAUGAUUUUAAAAGAAUAGCCAAGGGGCUGGGGAAUAAGCUCAGCGGCAUAAGUGCCUGCCUUGCAAGUGCACACAGUCGUAUGUUUGAUCCCCAGUACCCCCCACAAAAAAGAAAAGAAUAGCCAAAGUACUACUCAGAGUUCAAAUCAUAAACAAAAGAUAUCUUCCUUUACAAAAGGAAACAAAGACAAAACUUGUUUUCAGUGAACUAAAUAAACUAGUACCAUAAAUGAAAUGAAUUAGCAUUUAUCUUAAAAUAAUUUUGAAACAAUAGAAUAGAUCAUUUGGCAUGUUAAACUUCUCUGUACUUCCUAUCUGUCUCUGUCUGUCUGCCUAUUUAUCUAUCUGAGAUAUUUUCUCCUAAGAAAAACCAUGCUUGCUGAUGUUUAGUGUAAACUUACUUCAUUUCCUUCUAGCUCCUUGGAACUUAUAUUCCAUUAUAACAAUAUAAAAUUCUCCUGUAAAUUGCUUUUGAAAUAUUAUCAUAUUUCUUUAUUAAAUAAAUUAAUUCCAUUUAUGUACAAGUCAUUAUACUAAGACUUUUAAGGUCUUCUAGUCCAGCCAACCUCCAACACAAGAACUUUUUCUUGUAUUCAUCUAUUACUCUGAAUUUUGUGCAUCCAAAUUUUUAAAUCACUAAUUAAACAAAACUGUAUUCUUUGAAAAACUCAUUUCAUCUUUCAAUGAAGUUGUCAUUAGAAAAGUUACUUUAGUAUAAAACACUGUCUCCUCUCAGUCUCACUUGAAUGCUCCAGUUGUAGCAUUUGGAUUAUAAUGCAAAUAGUCUGACCUGUCUUUGACAAACCAAUCUUUCAAAAAUAUAAAUGACAGGAGGAUUGUGCUACUCUAUGUACUGUAUUUGGUUCUCAGAUAUAUUGGUGAUUGAUAAAUUUUCUAUUUAUUCUUAAAAUUAGUUUUCAAGAAAAGCUGAAACUAACAAAUGGAAAAAACUUAAUUCCGACUAAACAGUUGAGACAGGCUAUAAAAGAAAUGGGAAUGAGUGACAACUGCCUUGUCUAUUAUCUGUUAAGUAAAUUUGUAUUUAUACCUUUUUAUAGAACUUUUUACAUUUUUAGGAAGAUAGUAAAUGACUACUGUAUUGUACAAUUGUUAAAGCAGUAUUAUUGCAUUAAUUGUCACUAAUCAGUGGGUUUGGACUCAUCAUACUGGCCUAAUGUACAAAUCUUGCUAAUUUGAGGAACUGAAGGAAAGGAGACAUAUGUACAAAGUACAGCCAGGUAAAUGCUUGUUAAGCCAGAGGAGGUGGGACUGUCAAUUCCUUAUAAAAUAGGAAGCAAAGAAAAGACCCAUUGUAUGUUCCAUGAUUGAAAUGCUAUUAUUUGGCCUAGCUAAAAGGGGGGUGUGCUUGCUUAUGAAGAUUUACUUGGCUCCUUGAGGGUUAGUGAAAUUUUCAGACUUCCUUUAUAUUUUUAAUUACAGAUUUUUGCCCAGCAUCUUAUUUAAUGAGCCUUCCCUUUCUAAUCUUUGUACUUAUAGUUUAAUGGUAAUAUUUUUAAAAGAAUGUAAAUGGUUGCAGUUGACAUCUUUAAUUCUUCUUUUCUAUAUUUUUCCAUUUAGUCAGGAGGUACGUUGUUUCCUAAUACAGAAGACUAAGACCAUUUCCUUUGCUAGUUCAAAAUAGCCUGGUCUGUUGGUCAGAGGAAUAAGAUUAAUUAAAUCUUAAUCUGGAAACUUCCCAAAGCAAGAUAUAAAGUAAUUGACCUUUAGAAAUUAAAUGUUACAGCAUUCAGAUGAAUAAUCAUUGGCUACUGUGAUUAUACUUUGUUAGAUUUAAGUGAGGAAAUAAAGAUAUAGAUAUUUGAAUAAAUAUUAGAAUGGCUUUAAUUUUGUAUUGUUCUGAUAUUGGUACCAUUUCUAACAACUAAAAAUCAAAGAAUAUUUUAACAAUAAACAAUACAAAAAUAUCCUCUAAUUCCUAGAGCAGCAAAAGCAGCUUCUUAGUGACCUUUUUGCUUUAUAUAGUGCAAAUGAGAUUACUGUAAAGAAGGUAAUAAUUGAUAAUGACAGCAUGAGAAUCUUGUUGCUUAAAUUGGAAGUCAUAUUCUCUAUAUGCACAGGGACCUGGUGGGGGAAAGUAUAGGAGCAGGCAAGCAGGGUCUCCAAGUAUUGGAAUCAUCUUUAGUGAUCCUUUGCUGAAAUGUUUGACUUGCCCUUAUUCCUUUCAAGCAGAUGAUAGAUUGAUAAAAGGCUGAAAUAUUUACUGAACAGGACUGUAUAAAAGUGAUUUUUUGUUGUAAAGCUCAAUGUGGUGAGUCAACAGAUGUUUCAAAUUUGAGAGAUUCCAAAUUUUGCUUAUGACUGUUUGGAUAUGUUUAUAAAAAUCAUUAAUCUUCCACUUCUCCCUUUUUCCCUGUUUUCUUUCUCUCUUAUUUACGGAGCAUACAUUGAAGAAAAAGACAAGUCUUGUCCUCAAGAAGCUUAUAAUCUAAAGCUUUUUUGAAAAAAAGGCCAAAAAUAUAAGAAUUGAUAAUAAAACUCUUUAGAAUUAUGAGUUCUAUUUUUUUCUCAUAUUUUAUACAAAUUAGGAAUAAGUAAGCAUCAAAUGGUGAGCUUUAUUUAUAUGAUACAAGAGUCAUAGAAAACAUAUCUUACUUUGCUCUAUUGUCAUUUGACUUCACAAAACUUACUUAAAACUCUUAAAUGUCUUUAUAAUCAAUGCAAAGUGAGUCUGUUUGUUCAAAUGUAAAAUGCUAUUUAGGUUAUUUUUCCUCCAGAUUUUACUUUAAAUAUGGUUGACAUUCAAUUAGAAGUAUUACAUGUUUAACAUAGAUCAUCAAAAGUAUUUCACUGUGUAGUAAUUUAAAAUUUGUAUAAUAUAUUGGAUCAAAGCUUGAUGUGAUUUAAACAUUUUUACUGCUUUUUAAUGUUGUAAUAAAAUGUACAUAACAUCAAACUUAGUAUUUGGAAAAUUUACAUAUACUAUUUAGUGACAUUAAAUACUUUAACGUUACUAAACAACAUCAUUAUCAUCCUCUAUUUCCAGAAUUCUUUCAUUUUCCAAAAUUGGACCUCUUAUCUGCUAAAUAAUAACUUCUGUCUUCCUUUCUAUGGCCUUUUUAAAAAAAAUUUUUUUCAUGUAGAACAUAAAGAAUGUCAAGUAUCCUUGGGUCUUCAAAAGUAAUAUGUACUAAUUGAAGACUAUAUAUAUUAUGUCUGGGAUGAUAAUAAAAAUAUGUGAUAUAAAAAUAUAUUGAAUCAUAGACUAUGUAACUUGCAUAUAGCAAUAAAAAAGAUAAUGAGAUACAAGUAGUAAAUCUAGUCAUUCAAAAUAUUGGUUCUUAGACUAGCAUGAAAUUUGGCAUAAGAUCUCUGAUUAGAUCCCUAGCUAGCUGCUUCUAGCAAGCUUCUUAGACUCUCAGAGCCUUAGUCGUGUCAGCUUUAGUAGGAGUGUUGCAAAGGCUUGUUUUUCCUACAUCAAAGGCAUAUCAUAAGAAACCAAACAGUUAAUUAUGUGCAGAUAUUCUGAAGAUCAGAACUAUCACUUAAAAAUGUAUGUAUUUUUAAAAAAUUACUUUAAAUACGUUGUUUAUGUAUCCGUGUAUUUUCAUCUUAGUUAAAUCAAAUUCUUAGAAUCAAAAACUGCUGAACUUAACAACUUUUCAACAGGGCUGUUUUACCAACUCCGUAAUUGACAUUCUGUCUCUGCUUAGACUUUAUUUCACUUCUGCCCAACUCAAUAUAUGGAUUUCUAUACAAACCAUUUACCAAGUAGUAGACAAUAGUGCCUUCGGCAGAUCAAAUUUGUACAGGUAAGUUGUUUGUUAUCCACAAGAGAGCUUCAUUGUAUCAGUGUGACAACUUCCGUUGCAGCUGAGAGUGAGAGUUGGUAACACUUAAAAACUCGAAUUAUUGAUGAGAACAUCCCAAGUACUAGAAGAAAUUUUAAAUUAAACCUUUUAGGCUAGUGCAGUCAUUAUCACAUUAAGUAGGGAGAUGGUGAUGGGUCAUAAAUUGGUUUUCCAUUUUAUUUAAACAGGACCUGGCAGAAUAUAAAUGGAAUUGUUGAAGUUCACUUUUCUCAUGAUAAUUCUUCACUUUUUAAAAACAUGGUUAUGAAGUUGAAACUUUAGAUGAUCUCUGAUUUUUUUGUUAUACUAAAUUAUUAGAAAACCUAUAUAUAGAAUUUUUUCCCAGUUUCUUUUCAUUUUUGUAUGUCUUCCAGAAACCCACAAGAUUCUUUGACAUUCUAAUUUUCCUGCAAACUUUUGAAAUGUUAAGGAUUUCAAGAACCUCUUCUCACAUUUUAUUGUCAGUACGGGUUAAAGUAUAGUUUGGUGUUAAUCCAUUGCUUUAAAGCCUCAGAACUUUUUCCUACCUCAGAACUUUGAUCACAUCCUUAACUUCCUUCAGACUUAAUGUGCAUGUUAGUUGGAACUUCAGUUCAAAUAGUUCUAAUAAAUAAAUUAGUUGGUGUCUGACUUUGAGCUGUAUUAUUUGAGUCCUCUCCAUUUAUUCCAGUCAUCUUUCUGAUAAUGUUCUAUAAAGAAAUCUGAUAAGUUAGAAGGUUUUUUACUAACUUAAGUUAAAGAAGAUCUUGGUUUCUUUUUCUUUUGACACACUGUAAUCCUUCCCGAUUUUUAUAGUUUAUGCAUUCACCAGUUGAAACCAUCUGAGGAGGCUUCACUUUGCAUGUCCCAAUUCUGCUCUACUCUCCUUUUCUUCUCUUGUUAUUUUUGUUGGUGCUAAGGGAUGAAUCACUUCUGCCAUAUCAAGUUUCUCAAUUAUCUUUUACUCCAUUAUCACCCACCUAUCCAAAGGAACCCUCUUUUCCCAUAUUUAUUUUCUGUGUUUAUUUUAUGCUCAUUCUUCCCUUCUCCUAAAAAAAUUCCUCUAGCCUGAGAUCCUCUUUGGAUAUUGCCUUCAUUGCCAUAUCAAAUUUAUCCAGAGAGUAGACUGUUCAGCUUUUCUUUACUAUACCAUCCACAGGCUGUAAUCUUUCUUUUGAGUAUUCUUGCUUCAGGGUAGAACAUUGGCUACAUUGGAAUCUGAGUAGUUUUUAAGAACUAAUGGUUUUUUGGAUACCACUCCAAAUAACUUCUUUUUUAAUUGAUCAGUGAUAAACAUCCCUAUUGAUUAUUUAAAACCUGAAAACUGUGAUGUGCAUUCUGGGUUGGGAGCCACUGCUUUGAGCACUGUAAUAACUGGCUAACCUUUAAUCCAACAGAUUUUUCUACCCAAUUCUUACUCUUCUUGGCUUAAUCUUUAAAUAUUAAUAAUUGUUCAUAGUUAAAACAAUAUAUUCUAUUUUUCUCUCAUCUCUCUACUUAUUUUGUCUGUCCUCUUGACUCAUUUCUCCCUUCCUAUUCCUAACUACUGCUUCUGCAUUUUAAUUAUCAUUAUUAUAAUUAUUAUAACUAUUUACUAGACUCAAACCCAGGGCCUUAUACAUGCCAGACAAAUGCUGUAACAGCAACCUACUAUUUAAAUGUAGAUUGAUGAUCUUAUUCCUUACUUUACCAUUACAUUCAUAUAAUACCACUCUACUUUCUUUCCCAAAAUCCACAACUCUCAAUAUAAAUUGUAUACUAGACAUCUUCACUUGCAAAUUCCAUUGGCAUUCAUGUCCAAAGAUUUUAUCAUCUUGUGAAUUGUUUUUUAGCCAGUUGUAUCAUAAAUACCAUAUUGAUCAAUUUCAUCUUCCUUUUGUUAUUACCAGUAAUUUUCUAAAUCCUAUAUAUACUAUCUAGGAAUUGGUCCUUAAUUUGUUAUUGUUUUAAUAUUUCCAUAGUAAUUAAUCUUAUUCUGAUUAUAUGUGGACAAUUGCAGUAAUGUCUUAACUGAUCUUUGCUGUGUUCUAAUAGUACUGUCAUAUUAAUUUUCAGGUGCAGCUCUAAUCUUUUUGAUAUCUUUUAAACCUAAGCUUGUUUAUUUACUAUAAUUGAAUAGAAACCACAAGCAUGACUUCUAGACACUAGAUAGUAAGCCCCACUCUUCUUCAAAGACUCUCUUUUAGCUAAACUGAGCUGCGUCCUGUUGGUCCUCGACCUCAAAAAUUUUCUUUCUUAUGAAGUUUAUUAAAUUUUUCUGGAUCUCAUACACUGGGAGAUUUUUGCCUUAAAUUUCUAACCUAUGUAGAUCUUUCUCAUAUUAUUUAAAUUCUAAAUUCAGUGUAGAAUUAGUGGCUUAGUUUUUGGUUUCUUGAAUCGCAUUUAACCCACACAUGUGUCACUAUUGUAAAUUGGGUGGUGGUUGACUUUGAUAUAUGUGAUAUGUGAUCCCACAACUUUCAGAUGAUCCUUGAAAUUGUGCAAGGUCAAGAUGUUUUUUAGCCAUUUGUUUGUUUAUAUAAAAGAAACUGUCUUCCCCAACUAGCCUUCUUGUGAAAAAUGCCUUUCAGCCCUUGAGUUUAAUGACAUAAUAUUCUAGGAAUUUGGACCUAUUUACUUUUCUGUUCUUUUAGCUUUUCAUGCUUUCAAUGUUGCUCAGUUAUUAAAUCCAAAUUGUUUUUUUGCUAUCUUGAAAGAAAUGGAAUUUCUCGGCAGUAGCAAGCAACAGUGUCAAUCUAUUUGGGAGACUGUUAAUGACUCAUUUAUAAUGCCAGCAGACACAAGAAGGCUGGAAAAAUUAAAUGUACAGCAUCAUUACCUUUGUGGUUAUUAUUGCUGGAAACAGCAUAGUGCUUAGUACAACAUUUUAAAAGAUGAGAAUUCUUAAGGAAUGAGCUUUACAGUGGAGGUGGAAUGGAAUGCCAAAAUUGAUAAGGCCCUUCCACAAAGGCAUUCUUUGGAAUUAACUGUGAGACUCUGCACCUCGUCACUGUGACCUGUUUUGCAUAGAUAAUUUUGGUCAUGUACUUUGGGAGUUUUUAGAACAUCAUUUUCAGAGAACGUGAUUUAAAAAUUUCUAAAGGAGUAAUUACUGGAUAUUCUCUAAAUUAUUAACUACUACUUUGAAGAUGAUGACAAUUCCAGAGGUGUUACAGACAGGAGUUAGAGUACCAUAUGAACCAGUAUGUCUUUAAAUUCCCUUCUUAAACCAAGUUGUAUUCUUACUUCCAUUUUAUCGGAAUUGUUUUCCAGUAACUGAAAUAAAUAUGUUCUAGAUAUGUAUCCUUUUUAUAUGUAGGAGACAUUUAUAAAAUAGAUAUUGCUUUGAUGAUGUGAAGCUUUGAAAGAAAGUGGAACUAACUGGUCCAGUAGAGAUUAAUAUAGAACCUGAGAUUUAACAGUGCUGUCUGAACUGUGAAGUAUAAUACAAAUGUAAAUUACUUAAGGUGGUAAAUCACUUGAUCUCUCUACCUCUUCUGCCUCAUUUUAUGCUUACUAUAGCAUGGGACAAUUUCUUUUAGAAGCCAAGACAUUUGUGACAGCACCACAUGAGACUACAUGACAUCUGACUUGAGAGAGAGAGAGAGGAGAGAGAGACAGAGAUAGAGAAUUCAUUUUAGAUAAUUGUAGGAUCAGAUUGAUUGGUCUGUAAUAGUGUCCAUAAGCUUGUUUUUAUUUGUUUGUUUGUUUUUACAACUUAUGCUGAGACAUAAAUUCCAUAGGCCAGACUAAUGGGAAGAUUGGAGGGAUAGAAAAUUAAAGAGGGGCAAAAAACAAACAAACAACUCUAAAACUAAAACCUAGAAUCCAUGAGAAUGGGCUGAAAUUCUCAGUAUCUCUAACCAUAAAGAUAUGAGUAUCCACAAGAAAACCUGGCACCGCCAUCAUGGAUCUGGAGACAAACCCAACUUGGAAGUCUAAUUGGUUUAAAACCAGUUGACAAGUGAUAAGUGGAGGAUAAGGAUGUUUUUGUCUCAGCCUACAUUGUUUGUCUUUAUUCCAUUGAUUUCUUUGGCAGGACCAUUGUAUUCUUCCUCAGUGGAAGAAAACUUUCUACAGGGCUUCAGUGGCACAGCCAUCUUUCGCUUUUAUAGUCUGCUCUUGACAAUUAUCAUACCAGUAUAUGUGCUUUUCCAUCUUUGGACUUGGAUGGAUUUCAAACUCUUCAGGCAUAAUUAAUGCAACCACAGCCAACAUAUAUGAGUAUUAAUGAUUGGUCUUAGGCAUUUGUCUCUGAAAGGUCAACUACAUGGAAAUACUAGAGACUCAUUUAGUUUGGAGUAAUAUGACUUUGCUUUGCUUUGCUUGGGAUUAAGACUGCGAGGGCCUUGAAUUCCAAAAGCUUCUUCAAUUGUAUUUUUGUUCUGCAUAGUUUUUUGACCAUUCUGACUUAAAACUGCUAUAUCAGAAAAAGCAUAUCAACAAAAUGUCUUCUGGAGAUUAACUCACCCAUUCAUCAUCUGAAGGCUUAUCGUGUUCACUUUAAAAUAUAGUCAUUUGUAGUUUUGUUUGUUUAGCUUCAAGGUCACUGGUAAAGCUGUAUGUUAGGGAUGACUCACAUAAUCCCAGAAUAGAUAUGUCAGUUGUAGGAAAAUGCAUUGAACUAGUAGGAUGAAAAUGAUGAUGAUGAUAAUAAAAUGAAAAUUUCAAAUUCUGAAUUUGUAUAGUUACCUUCUCUUUUUGGUACAUGAUGCUUACAUUAAUAAGAAAUGUAGUGCUGAUAAUUUUCCAUUUAUAAACAAAAGAAAAA